CGCACCCUGUCUUAUAAUCAUAACCAAGAAACAAAAAAGACAUGGGAAAUGAUCUCCAUGAACAAUAAGAAAAUGAAAAGUAAAAAUGCAAAGUGUUGAUGAAUUUAAAAAAGUCAUUGGGCGCAAGAAUAAGAAAAAGUUAAAAUUUAAUACAAGUCAAGAAAAUUCACAAUAUUUAAAUUUAAAAGCAAAUAUAAGUCCUGACAACCUCAUUCGUAUUCUUCUCGCUGCUGUUGUUGUUUUGCAGAAAUCUCCAUUUAAGGAGAGCAUUUUUAACAUUUUAUCAAAAUCAUUAAGCAUUUUAAAUUCAAACACAAUUGGAGAAGUAAUUUGCUAUGGAUUAGGUAGUUUUAGUCAAUAUAGAUCAUCAAAAUAUCAAUUGGCAACUCUUAUUCUAAUUAAAAAUCACUAUAAUUGCAAAAUAUCAGUGUCUGAUCCCGUUUUCACUAAAACUGAACUUGAAGUUCUAAACACGUUGGAAUUAAAUGUUAUUAAAGAAAAUGAAGAAGGUAAACGAGUUAUAACUAAUAGUUUACCAACACUCAUUUUUAUGCCACAUUGUCCCAGUCAAUUGUUAAACAACUUUUUAUUUUCCAAUUGGACUCAACAAUUAAAGAAUUGUAUUAUUCUUUGUAACAGUUGGUCCGAAGUAUUUGAACAAAAUCCUCUUUCAUUCUUGACAAAUGAAACAAAUUAUAUUUCUCGAAUUAAUCCUUAUGUAGUUGAAAUUGAAUUAGAAAGUAAUGUAGAAUUUAUGGAAAUAUUUAAUUCAACGUCUUCUCAUGUAUUUCCAAAAUUAUGUGAAACUUCAAUAAAUUUUUGGCAGCCAAAUGAAGAGCCAAUUUAUCCAAAUGAAAGCACUGAAUUUAUCAGAAAGUGAAUUUUUCAUUAUUGAUAAACUUGACUAUUUUUUACAGAGGCGCUAAUUAAUAUCAAG